UUUCCGUGAUAUGGAUUAUUUCGUGUAGCGUUAUCGUUGAAGUGUUCGCUUAACUCUCUACCCUAAGACGAUCGGUAGUUAGGUUUUAAUGUAAAAGUUCUUAAUAGCCAUACAGCAAAGCUGCCUUUUAGUGCGUUAGGAUCGUGUGCGAUAGCGACGUAACAAUGUGCCGUGACGAAAUUUUAGCACAGCUCACGGAGCUGUUUGGCGAUUACAUCGAUCAACAACGCAUCAUAGCCACGAUCGAGAAAUUUAAUGAUCUUGACGCCUGCAUCGAAGCGCUUUUGAAGGACGAAGAGCAAUUCAAGCAACCUGAGGUGCAGCAUGAAAGCAGAGAAAAGUCUGAGCCCACCUACAAUCGGUCCAAUGGGCCUGAUCCUUCCACUGGUGCUACAAGAAAGACGACCUAUGCAAAAGAAAACCAACCGAAAGAAAAGGUUGCAAGUUUUGCUUCCUUUCUGCAGAAGGGAAAUUUUCCCAUUCAAUUCCAGCAGCCCAAGCAGCAGGUGGCCAGGAAACAUCAGCCUCAGAACCUGCCGCCGAACUAUCAAAACACACUCGAUAUGGUGGGCAACGGUUAUCGUGUGAUGGUACUUAUGCGAGGGGCUCCCGGCAGCGGAAAGUCGCAUCUGGCACGCACCCUUAUCGACCACACUUCGGAAGGAGAUUAUCGUAAUCACAUUUUCAGCGCAGACGAUUACUUCAUGGUGAAUGGGCAGUACAAAUUCCAACCUGAUGCACUCGACGCUGCGCAUCGCUUUAACCAGAGCAGAGUGCUGGCAAAAGCACGCGACGGUUGGAGCCCGAUCGUGGUGGACAACACUCACAUACGGUUGUGGGAGAUGUCUCACUAUGUGCAGAUUGCCGCUGAUCAUGGCUAUCAUCUGGAAAUACUGGAACCAGUAACACAUUGGAGAAACAAUAGCCGUAGCCUUGCAAUGAGAAACACCCACGGCGUCCCGGAACCGAAGAUUAAGAGUAUGCUUCAAAACUACGAGAAACUAGCUGACGUCAAAGAACUGUACCGAUUGUGCAAACUCGAAGACGCAUUAUACAUUCCUCCAAAGAUGCGCCAUUAUCCCAUUCUUCCGCAAGACCUCUUUAUGCCCUCGGAGGGCAAUGUUUCCCAACCAUCCGGUCCCAAUACGUCCACGCUACCGGUUAACUGGGUGGAUCAGUGGGAGGACGCGAUGCGACAAGGCAAAAAUGACAAGCAAGCGGGAAGACUAAAUGAGCCCACCAUGAACCUGGCCAGCAUUCCGCCGCCAAAACCUCCCCGCGAGGGUUUGAAAGGUUCGACGGCCAGCGCAUAUUUUUCACCUCGACGCGAAACGCCUAUGGACGAAGGCGAUGAAGCGAAUGCUGUCGGUGGGUUCAAUCAGGAGGAUGAUUUUUCCUGGGAUUUCACCGAAGAUUGGCGUAAAGCCGAUACCAACUGGAAACCGUACGAUACCGAAAGCAAUCAGUUCUGGGGUCAACCGGCAGGGUCGGUUGCGGAAACGAGCAACAGUAAUGUGUCGAUGGGAGAAGCACGUCCACAGCGUACUCCAGUGAACCCGAACCAUGAGCCGAUAGCAGAAUUUCUACUUUCCAGCGUCAAGCAUACGCAGGGUUUGAACUAUCAAGAGCCGGCUCAAAAGGAAACGCCCACCUCAAUGGCGCCAAAAGGAACAGGAAAGUUGAAACAGCACACAAAAAAGACAGACAAAGCACCGAUCGCAAUGAUCAAACAUCGGCGAGGGUGUUCGAAUGAGAAUGCCAGCUUUGCGGAAAUAUGCAACCUCUACCCGAAGGUCCCGGAUUCGUAUCUAUGGGAUUUGUUUGAAAAGUGCAGCGGCGAUGGCGAUUGGGUGGCCAAUUUGCUGCUUGAAGAGCAAAAGCUUGAGAAUUUUGAAAGCAUCAGCUCGUGGGAAAAGCAAGAAGAUGGGGCAGGGGUUGCUGGUGACGGGGGUUGGAGUGUAUUGGAGUGCAAUUGCCACGAAACUGCUGGCGCGUCCACAACAGUGGUCAACAAUUCAGUGCCUUAUCCCGUUCCGGAAGUGGACGGAAACGAAAUGGACGUUCUGUCCUGCUCCACCCCCAGUUCGACGCAAUCUCCCCGGGAAACAAUACGCCGAGGUCAAGCACAGCGGGAAAGCACGAAUGCAGCCAAGAAGGAAAUUGAGGGCCGCGUCACACUGGGGAAUGAGCAUUUUUCCGAACAUGUUCAGAAAAUCCGCCUCGCUCGAGGCAUUGUCACUGCCAAGCAGAUCGAGGAUGAACUGCUGGACGUGGAAACCGAAACGGCAAGCGAUAAGGUCGCCGAUAAUGAGGUAGUAGAACUGCGGCUCGGUGUGGAACUUGUGCAGCAGUUGCAUUCAAUUUUUAAAGACAAACACUGCCCCAAAUCACUCGAACUCGAGAACAUUCUGGCGGAACGUACCCGUGUUUUCAUGGCCACCGAAAUGGCUGAACAGCUGUAUCUGCUCUUCCUGGACUCGAUGUACAGUUACAGCGAGGAGGAGAAGCUAUUCAACAUGCGAGAAGACGCCCGGAUGGCACGACUCAUGGACACGGAACAAAAGUAUCCCGCCCUUUUCAAACCGCAGGACCCCUCGGGCAUUCCGAACCUUAAGGACAUCAUCGAAAUGGAGGAGGCGCUCGCUGCGUACCAAAAAGAAACGAACGAAACGUGGCAAAGGUCCAUGUCGCAGGAUAUGGCGCAACAAAUGUCCCAACAGAAGCUGCAGCAAAUGUUCCCGCAGGUGAACAGUGCCGAUUUACUACAAAUCCUUGCGGCCCAUAACAACCGGUUCGACGAAACGGUGCAGGUCCUUAACGCCUCCAUCCCCGACACGGUACUCCGGCAGAUGCAGGAGAAAGAGGAACUGCUCAAGCAACGUGCCGAAUCGGAGAAACAGAAGCUAGUGGAUCUCUUCAGCACGCCCUCGUACGCGACUCCUUCGCCCAGUUCACCGAGCCUUUCCGGGGAAGAGGCGAUCAAUUUCCAUCUCAUCACCGCCGAAGAGUGUCGAAAUUUGGCGCAGCAUCAUCUGGACCUCAAGAACGAGUGUCACGAAAAGGCACGCGCCGCAAUACAGCGGAAUGUGCCCGGACUGGCCGACUAUUACUCGCAGAUUGCGCGGUUACACAAGACCAAGAUCGACAUGUACAACACCAGAGCAUCGAACUGCAUCAUGGAGGUGCACAAGCUGAAGUUAAACAACGAGGACGUGCUCGAUCUGCACUAUCUUCACUCGCAGGAAGCACUCAGCUGUUUGGAAAUGUUCCUUGCCGAACAUGCCUCUAAGCUGCUCAAGUCACAACAACGCUUCAAGACGCUGUACAUCAUUACUGGACGUGGCCUACAUUCGGCCGAUGGUAAACCCAUUAUCAAGCAGCGUGUGAAGGCGAUGCUGAGAGUUAAGAAUAUAAGGUAUAGCGAAUUAAAUCCGGGCUUCCUCAAGAUUAAGCUCUACAACCGGGAUGACCUGGAACAGUUGAUGGUAACGUCCUAACGUAAUUUACCGAGAAGAAAAUCGAAGCACAGAAACCGUCGAUGCAAGAGAUGCAGAAAGUAAAAAAAGACUAAAGUGUACUUAAAAUUCGCGAUAGACGAACAAUCUCGGAACUGAACAACGUCCGGAAAGCUUUGCAAAAGAACACUUUGAGGAAUUGCUUUGAACAGAAUAGCGAAAGGCACAAAAGAUGAGUCACAUUACAACACGAUGUACCUGAUAAUAGAGUCAUGAGUCAUCACAGAUUCAUAAGUUACCGCCGGAACUAAUAGUUUGAGUUAAAUUAGUUUCAAUUGAAAAUACUGUUUAAUACAGUAUGUAAAAUACUGAUUUGGGGGUCCGCGACAGCCGAGCGGUAGCGCCGGUUAGAAAAACGGCCCGGCGACCUCGACGGCGUGGGUUCCAAAUCCCAACCGAGACCCGGACCCUCCCCUGUACGAGAGGACGGAAUAUCUCGAGGGUAAAAAGUCUCGUAACCCCAUACGGGGUGGGGACAGGCAUGACCAACAACAAGGUCGUUACGCCAAUAAAGAAUAUACUGAUUAUUACAAAACAUAAGUCUUUUUUCACCACCUGGCAAGAGCAUUAUUACUUUUAAUUUUCAAUACGUUUCAUUUACGGUCAUCGUCAUUGGGGUUUUCCACGAUCUGUGCGUUUCAUGACUCUAUUCCUUUUAUCUUGAUCUUCUAGAUUCAUAUAAUAAAAAGUAAGUUGGCUUUCCCCACUCCACACGGAAGCGUCACCAGAGGGCACAUUUCGCUUCAUUACCCUGUUCGCGUUGCGGGGAACCGCCGGCCGGUUUUGGGGAAUCCUUUCAUAUAAAGAUUGGCUGCAGGAAAAUGACGAUGAUGGCUUUCGUGUCCUAAAAUGCAACAGAAAGUGUGUUACGAGAAAUUAUGAUUACAAAACCCCAUCGCUUCAAACGUACACAAAAUCUUCAAAAUAAAUGUGCUCCAAUAGUUUCCUCGUAGAUAUCCUCUG